GCACAGGAAGUGUGUCCGAAGUUUAAUGGUUUACAUCCGGGACGCGUUUCUUCCUUCACCGGUGUGUGGAGAAUAAGCCCGAGGAGUCUGAGGUUUGAAUCUUCCUUCUUGAGAGCAAACAGGAAAUAGCGUGAGACAGGACAGGAUGGAUCUCCGGCCGUUGCUGCUGUGCAUUGCACUUUGUGUGGCUCACAUCUCCACCAAACCGAUGGAGAAGAAGGACCGAGUCCAUCACGAUGCUCCUCUUAGUGACAAGGAGCACGACGAUGAGGAGAAUUUCGACUAUGACCACGAAGCCUUCCUUGGCCAGGAGGAGGCCAAAACUUUCGACCAGCUCACACCAGAAGAGAGCAAAGAGAGACUCGGUAAAAUCGUUGAAAAGAUCGAUGAGAAUCACGAUGGCUUUGUGACGGUGGACGAGAUGAAGAACUGGAUUAAACACGCUCAGAAGCGCUGGAUUUACGAAGACGUGGACCGACAGUGGCAGGCUCACGACCUCGAUUCGGAUGCACACGUGUCCUGGGAGGAAUACAAGAAUGCUACAUACGGCUACGUCCUUGAUGAAUCAGACCCUGAGGAUGGGUUUAACUACAAGCAGAUGAUGAGCAGAGAUGAGCGUCGCUUUAAAAUGGCGGAUAAAGAUGGAGACAUGCGGGCGAAUCGCGAGGAGUUUACGGCGUUCCUCCACCCUGAGGAGUACGGGUACAUGCAGGACAUUGUGGUUCUGGAGACCAUGGAGGACAUUGACAAAAAUGGAGACGGGUUUAUUGACCUGGAGGAGUACAUCGGUGAUAUGUACAGUCAGGACGGAGACUCCACAGAACCUGAGUGGGUGAAGACGGAGCGAGAGCAGUUCACAGAGUUCAGAGAUAAGAAUAAAGAUGGACGGAUGGAUAAAGAGGAGACGAAAGACUGGAUUCUGCCAUCAGACUAUGAUCAUGCCGAGGCUGAAGCCAAACACCUGCUGUAUGAAUCAGACUCCGAUAAAGACGGACGGCUCACAAAGCAGGAGAUCGUGGAAAAAUAUGACCUCUUCGUCGGGAGUCAAGCAACGGAUUUCGGCGAAGCUUUAGUAAGACACGAUGAGUUUUAAUCCCCAAACCUCUGUGCAUGAAGAAAAGAGAAAUGGACUGUAAUUUAUUUCCUGGUUCUGAUCUCAAUCGUGCAAACUUCCAUAACUGAGAGUUAUGUACAGUUACAUUUUUCUAGGGUUUUUUUUUUUUUUGGAAAAGGAAAUAAUCCAUGAUGAAUUUGGUUUGUUUUUAUGUUUGGGAUGUUUUAAGUUUAUUCCUUAGAUAGAGGUGUGUGUGUGUGUGUGUGUGUGUGUGUGUGUGUGUGUGUGUGUUUUAAAACACUGAACACUUAAAGUAUUUCCAUAUCAUUUGAUAUAAACACUCUGUUUGGACUGUUCCGGUCUCUCCAGCGGCGUGUGGAAGGAUUUUGCCGUGUUCUUCUCUUCACACACCCCAAGCAUGUGAUUGAUUUAAAGUAAAGGAUUGUUCUGUUUGUGUGUGUGGGGAAUCGACUGAACGUCACACUCGCUCGGUCACUACAUGUACUGGUGCUCAUGAAGAGUCCUGUUCACAACUGCAGCAUUAACCACUGCAUACAUUUUACUAACAAUAUUUUAGGGUUAAAUAGAUUUAUUAAUGUGUCGAGUCCUUCAUAAGUGUGCUGUAACGUAUUAUAAUGAGUCACUGCUGCUUUUUUUUUUCCUCAUCACUACAUGAAUCGGGAGUUAAAUGACGAACACGGCCCAAUAGACAUUUCCUUUUUUUUAUUUUUACAUUUUAUUCUUGUUUUUCAGUCAGAAAGUGUCCAGUGUUUCCCAAGCUUCCUUUUCCAAACCAAUUAUAGGAAUUUUUUCCGCAGUCCGUUUUGUUUGACUGAAAUAAAACAUGUCCAGGUUUGAAGAUUCUGUACAUACCUGUGUAUGUGUUGACGGUGUAAAUACUGACACGUCCUGCACCCGAGAGGCUUUUCACAGUAAAAUAUAUAUGAAAAUAAAACAAAACAAAAAACCAAA